GCUCGUUCGGCACCAUAAAGUAGAGUGGCUAGGUAGCCAUGGCGCGUGCCUCGAGCCUGUCGCAGCUGCUUGUGCUGCUGGUUGCGGCAGUGGCAGGAGCCAGGGUGCCCUCGGAUGCGGCCACGAACACAACGUUUGGCGAGCUCCGCGUACGGCACGCGCUCCUCGGCAGAAAGCCGCAGAUGGGGUGGAACAGCUGGAACCACUUCUACUGUGGGAUCAGCGAGGAAGUCAUCAGGGAGACAGCUGAUGCAUUGAUCAACACUGGCCUCGCGAAAUUGGGCUACAAAUAUGUUAACAUCGAUGAUUGCUGGGCAGAAUUGAACAGGGAUUACCAGGGUAACCUGGUUCCAAAUAAAAGAACAUUCCCCUCUGGCAUCAAGGCGCUUGCAGAUUAUGUGCACGCCAAAGAGUUGAAGCUCGGCAUCUACAGUGAUGCUGGGACACAAACAUGUAUUAAACAAAUGCCAGGAUCGCUCGAUCACGAAGAGCAAGAUGUGAGGACGUUCGCGUCUUGGGGAGUUGAUUAUCUGAAGUACGACAACUGCAACGAUGCUGGGAGGAGCGUCAGGGAAAGAUACACUAGGAUAAGCAACGCCAUGAAGAAAUACGGGAAGAACAUCUUCUUCUCAAUCUGUGAGUGGGGAAUCGAAAACCCUGCUACAUGGGCACGUGGCAUGGGUGGUAAUAGCUGGAGGACAACCGCGGACAUUGCUGACAACUGGGACAGCAUGACAUCACGCGCGGACCAGAAUGACAGAUGGGCCUCCUAUGCCGGACCUGGCGGAUGGAAUGAUCCUGAUAUGCUUGAAGUUGGAAAUGGUGGGAUGUCCGAAGCUGAGUACCGCUCGCACUUCAGCAUCUGGGCACUUGCCAAGGCUCCUCUUCUGAUCGGGUGCGACGUGCGCUCGAUGAGCCCGCAGACAAAGAACAUAAUCAGCAAUUGGGAGGUCGUCGCUGUCAACCAAGAUAGACUAGGCGUGCAGGGAAAGAAAGUGCAAUCCGAUGCUGGUUUGGAGGUUUGGGCCGGACCGCUCAGCGGCAACAGAAAGGCCGUGGUUCUAUGGAAUAGGCAGGGGUACCAAGCAACCAUCACCGCACACUGGUCAAACGUCGGGCUUCCAGCAUCUGCGUCCGUCACCGCUCGCGAUCUAUGGGCGCACUCGUCAUUCUCUGCUCAGGGGCAGCUAUCUGCAUCAGUGGCGCCUCAUGACUGCAAGAUGUACAUCCUAACACCCAAGUAACUGUAGACGCAAGAAUAGCAAGUCGAUCGAUCUAGUUCAGGGGAAUGGUUUGCAAGGGAGGAUAGAUAGAGCUGAGAUGAGGUGAAUUGAGGAAUGGCAUUUGGUUAUAUAACGUUAGAAAUAAGCUGCAAUAGUAUGUAAAGUGCCGUGAAAAUGUCGAUGCGUUUGUUUCUGAAGUUUGCAAGUUGUAAUGAAAGUUGCUGCAAUAAA